AUGAGAAAAGACUAUCUUGAUUUUAGUCAUUUCGACAAACGUUUUGAAAAUAAUUAUGAAGUAGUAGCUCCUGAAUUCGGUGAUUUGUAAUAAAAAAGAGCAUAAUUUAUUGCUGAAAAUGCAGGCAAAUACAGGCCAGAGCCUUUUAUUCCUGAAAAUAUUAAUGGUUUAGUAAAAAAAACAGGAAGAUUGCCCGCAACUAGAAAUUGGUAUAGAAGAUCUUCAUCUUAUGAAAGAAAUGGAUUUUUGAAUUAUCAUACUCCAGUAUGGAAUACUAAAUUUAUCCCUUGGUGUACAUUUAUUUUCUUAAUUUGGGGUUGGGCUUCAUUCUAAGUUGGAGGUUAUAAUAAUGAAAGAUAUGCAGAUAAUGGUGAAAAAAGAAAUAAUCUUUAUUGGAAGCUUAGUAAUGUAGAAAUUCCUUAAUCUAAAUUAUGGAACAGACCAUCUUGA